AUGGCUGAAAAGCACGAUAGCGUGUCGUCCCGCGAUGCGGAGAAAGCUGUUGCAUCUGACAUUGAGGCUCUCGAAGCUAUCGCUCUCCCGACUUUGAUGAUCCCAAUAUCGACAAGGACGCCGCUAUUGCCGGACUGUUGGGUGAAGGACGACUCUCCGUACCCAGAAGUCCGUUCGGCGGUGGCAAACACUGAUGACCCGUCCAUUCCUGCGUCAACGCUGCGGUCGUGGGUGCUUGGAUUGAUCUGGGCCAUCAUCAUUCCGGGUCUCAACCAGUUCUUUUUCUUCCGUUAUCCCUCCGUCACGGUUACUGGUAUCGUUGCGCAGUUGCUUGUCUUCCCUAUCGGUAGGGCUUGGGCGAGGAUCGUACCCAAUUGGAAAGUUCUUGGUGUGUCGCUGAAUCCCGGGCCGUUUACUAUUAAAGAACAUGUGUUGGUUACGAUCAUGGCUUCGGUGGGCUAUGGGAGUGCCUACGCCACUGAUAUCGUUGCUGUUCAAAGGGUUUAUUAUAACCAGAUGUACAACUUUGGAUAUCAAUGGAUGGUGGUGAUGUCUACCCAGCUUAUCGGCUUCUCCAUCGGGGGGAUUGCCCGUCGCUUCCUUGUCCAACCGCCUUCGAUGAUUUGGCCGACUAAUUUGGUCACCUGUGCGCUGUUCAACACCUUGCAUGCUCAGACUUACGCUGGUAUCGGUAAUCGCGGAGGUAUUAGCCGAGAGAGGUUCUUCUUCUACGCCUUCCUGGGUGGUUUCUCGUGGUACUUUCUGCCUGGGUAUCUGUUCCAAGCGCUCAGCUACUUCUCCUGGGUGUGCUGGAUCGUUCCCGAUAAUGUGCCAGUGAACCAGAUGUUUGGAUACGUGCAUGGUAUGGGUAUGAGUCUCAUCACGUUUGAUUGGGCCCAGAUUGCAUAUAUCGGGUCUCCACUUGCCACGCCCUGGUGGGCUGAAGCUAACAUCUUUGCCGGAUUCUACUCGAACGCAUGGGACAGCAAGUACAUGCCGAUCUCUUCCCGAGGGUCGUAUGAUCAUUUUGGCGGCACUUACGAACCGUGGGUUAGCUUGUACUUCCGAAAACAAAUCUGGACACAAGCACGCCGAGCUAUGCACGAGCAACCGGAUAUCCAUGCACGCCUCAUGUCACAAUAUCCGCAGGUGCCGGAGUGGUGGUAUGCUAUCAUAUUCUUAUCCAUGUUCGCAUUUGGCGUUAUCUCUAUUGAGGUUUGGGAUACCAAAUUCCCCGUACAAUUCUUUAUUCUCGCUUUGGUCAUCUCUUUUGUCUACGUCAUUCCAAUCGGAAUGAUCCAAGCUAUCACCAAUCAGCAAGUUGGGUUGAAUGUCGUUACCGAGCUAAUCAUUGGAUACGCCCUCCCUGGUCGCCCCGUUGCAAUGAUGAUGUUCAAGACGUGGGGAUACAUUACCAUGGCACAAGCUCUGACGUUCACGUCUGACUUCAAGCUUGGUCAUUACAUGAAGAUUCCCCCACGCUCGAUGUUCUGGGCGCAGGUUAUUGCCACCGUCAUUGCUGGUACGACGCAGCUCGGCGUCCAAGCGUGGAUGUUCACCAAUAUCGAGAACUUGUGCGAUCCCGCUCAAAAAGAUGGCUUUAUCUGUCCGUCGACGGAGGUAUUUGGGACUGCUAGUAUUAUCUGGGGUGUUAUCGGGCCGGCGAGGCAGUUCUCCCAGGGACAGGUCUACUACGCGCUGGUAUUCUUCUUCCUCAUCGGAUUCGCCUGCCCGGUUAUCAGUUACCUGAUCAGCUUGAACUUCCCAGUCAUUUUCAGCGGGACCGGCGCCAUUCCUCCUGCCAGCGCCGUCAACUACGUGCCCUGGGCUAUUGUUGGCUUCAUCUUCCAAUACGUCAUCCGCCGGCGCCACUUUUCGUGGUGGGCCAAGUACAACUACGUCCUUUCAGCCGCCAUGGAUUCGGGUGUGGCGGUCUCGGCCGUCGUUAUCUUUUUCUGCUUGCAGUAUCCGAGGAAUGGAGAUAUUGGCGCGACGACGGUGCAGAAGUGGUGGGGAAACACAGUGCCAUUUAGUAAUGCAGAUAGCGCUGGUACGCCGCUGUUGACUGUGUCGGACGGUAGUUUCUUUGGGCCGCGUACUUGGGCCUAAAGAGAACGGAAAAUUUGUAAGAUUAAACUUGACGGUUGUAGUAAUGAGUUUAUCUGGUGACGCUACUGUUGUUGUAGAUCAAUCAUGUAUCUUUUUAUGUUGUAAUCUUACGACUUUCGAGACUCCGAGUCGCAGGUGGGAAAUGUAUGCUACUUUCUUU